AUGAGCAAAGAAGGUGACGAUUACAAGUAUGUGGAUUCAUUGGCAUGUAGGAAUCUCAAUUGGAUAUUGUCUGAUUUUAGUUGGGAGAAAUUAGAAAAGUUUCUUAGAUCUGAGUUAGUUACAACAUCGAUUAGUUUGGUUUGGUACAAACCGAGAAGCACGGAGAUGAAGGACUUAUGCUAUGUGAUUGACUGUGAUGAUUUGAAUAAAUGUACAAGGCAGGAAAACCAGAAGGUGAAAAAUAGAGAUGAGGAUUGUGGUUAUGAUGGUGGUACUGAAUCAGAUAAGGAAGACGUAGAAUAUAGUGAUGAUGAAGACGUUGACAGGCCAAGAGAAGAAGAAGAAGAAGCUGCAGAGUCUGAAGAUGAAACACCAAAAGAGGAUACAAGACCAAAAGAGGAUAAUGUGGCGGAAGAGAAUGUGUGUGGUGAAGGAGGAGAGACUGCGACUAGGGGAGGAGGAGAGACUGUGACUGGGGAAGGAGGUGAUCAUGUGGUAGAUGACGGUAGUGAUGUUGUGGCUGAUGCAGGAAAUUGUAGUAGUGAUGAUAGGUUCAAGGCACUGUUUGAGGAGGGAGAGAAAGAGUAUCCAGAUACUCCAUUGGAAUCAGAUGAAGAAUGGGAUCAAUGGGAUAAGCUUACAAGACCAAAAGUCAACUUGUCUACACAUCAGUGUGCUUGUAGGAGAUGGGAUUUAACAGGUAUACCAUGCAAGCAUGCGGUUUGUGUUCUUGAUGAUAACAAAGAAGAUCCAGAGAAGUAUGUGGUUGAGUAUUAUUACACUCAUGUUUUGAAGACUACAUAUGCUGACAAUAUAAAACCUGUCAAUGGUCACACCAUGUGGAAGCAUGUAAAUAAACCUCCAAUUGGAAUACCAGAGAUGCGGAAGCCACGAGGUAGGCCAAAAAACAGAGACAGGAUUAAAGAGCCAUUUGAAUCAUUCAAGAAUCCAGGCAAAGCAACAAGACAUGGUAGGAUACCAAAUUGCAGAAAUUGCUUACAAGCUGGUCAGAUUAGGACUAGCUGUAAGAAUGAAACUGUUGUGUUUGAGGGACCGAAAAAUAGACCUGGAAGGCCAGCUAAGCUACCAUCAGAGACUCAGCUGCUGCGUCCACCAAAGCCAAGAAGAGAAAGGCAAACUCCGGCUGCUGGAAGUAACUCCCAACCAACUCAAGGCAACGAAGAACAAAUACUAGCACCUUCCAACCAACUCAAAACAUUGAAGCAAGUUCCCAAACUCCAGUAA